CGGAGGGUGAGCGCGAUGCUCAGGCUCCUCCCGGGGCCCAGCCUGAGGAUGUGGGUCAGAUGGUUCAGGCCAGUGCAAUCCGGCUGCUGUGAGUCAUCGCCGGAAGCAAAUCAGAGCGAACGGGAAGCAUCUUCCAAGUUGGACUAGUAGCUGCAAAGCAGGAGCCGCAGCCGCAGCAGGAACUUCCCAGAUUCAUUGGGCAAGAUCCAUAUUGGUAUCAUCCAUCAAUAGACCUUCCCUUGGUAUCAACAGACCUUCCCUGAUGGAUGACUUUGGGGAAGCAAAUGGCACUUUUGCCAUCAACUUAUUAAAAAUGUUGGGUGAAGAAGACAACUCACAGAAUGUGUUCUUAUCUCCUCUGAGCAUCUCCUCUGCCCUGGCCAUGGUCUUCAUGGGGGCCAAAGGAGACACUGCAGCCCAGAUGUCCCAGGCACUUUGUCUGAACAAGGCUGGUGAUGUCCACCAAGGUUUCCAGGCACUUCUCUCGGACGUUAACAGAUCUGACACCCAGUACUUGCUCAGAACUGCCAACAGACUCUUUGGAGAAAAGACGUGUGAUUUCCUUCCAGCCUUUAAGGAAUCCUGCCAGAAGUUCUAUCAGGCCGAGCUGGAGGAGCUAUCCUUUGCUAAAGACACCGAGGAAUGCAGAAAGCACAUCAACGACUGGGUGGCAGAAAAGACUGAAGGUAAGAUUUCGGAGAUUUUGGGUGUUGGCACCGUUGAUCCACUGACCAAACUGGUUCUGGUGAAUGCGAUCUACUUCAAAGGCAGGUGGAAGGAGCAGUUCGACAGAAAGCACACAAGGGGGAUGCCUUUCAAAGUCAACCAGGAAAAAAAGACAGUGCAGAUGAUGUUUAAGCAUGAUAAAUUUAAAAUGGGCUGUGUGGAGGAGGUGAAAAGCCAGGUCCUGGAGCUGCCCUAUGUGGGGGAGGAGCUGAGCAUGGUCAUUCUGCUGCCUGAUGAAGACAUUGAUCUUGCAAUGGUGGAAAAGGCACUUACAUAUGAGAAGUUCAGAGCCUGGACGGAUCCAGAAAACAUGAGUGAGAUAAAAGUUCAAGUUUUUCUUCCCCGGUUAAAACUGGAGAAGAGCUAUGACUUGGAGUCUUAUCUUCAAAGUUUAGGAAUGACUGAUGCUUUUGAGGAAGCCAAGGCAGACUUUUCUGGAAUGUCAACUAAGAAGAAUGUGCCCGUGUCCAAGGUUGCACACAAGUGCUUUGUAGAGGUCAAUGAGGAAGGCACAGAGGCAACUGCGGCCACUGCCGUGGUCAGGAAUUCCCGGUCCUGCAGGAUAGAGCCACGAUUCUGUGCAGACCACCCAUUCCUUUUCUUCAUCAGGCACCACAAAACCAACAGUAUCUUGUUCUGCGGCAGGUUCUCUUCUCCAUAAAGAGGUGCCGUUGCUUACAGGUGCUCCUCUCCCUUCUGCCAACCUUGCCUUGAUUCAGAUUCUGUAGGACCCAAUUGGUGCAUGUGGUGGUAUGAAUGCCAAAAUAAAGCGUUUGCACCUAG